UCUCCUCAUCACUCAGUCUGUCAACUCCUUUUAUUUCUUCCAUCUCCUCAAAAUCAAAGAAGAGAGAGAAACCAAAAGAAGAAAAAAGAAGCAAUCAAGAGAGAGAAAGAAGAGAUCUUUGCAAGAUGUCGAAGUUUGCUGGUCUGCUCGUGAUUUGUGCUGUAAUCCUUGUCACCCACAUGAUCGUGCUCGCAUUUCCAGCCGUUGAGGCUUCUUCAAGCGGUGGAGACCACGGUCUCGGAUGGCUUUCAACCACUACCUCCACCGUCGGCAGCCGCUGCCGUGGAUCUAUGGCGGAAUGUCUCGCUGAAGGCGCAGAUCUGGAAAUAGACGACAUGAUGGACAGCGAAACCAACCGGCGCAUUUUAGCAACCAACAAUCGUUACAUCAGCUAUGGUUCAUUGAGCAAGAACAACGUUCCUUGCUCCAGGCGCGGCGCGUCGUACUACAACUGCCGUUCCGGAGGUCAGGCUAACCCUUACACCCGUGGUUGCAGCGCCAUCACUCGUUGCCGCCGUUGAGCGGUGGCGUUUGUUUAUUCCUAUUAUUUUAUUUGUUUAAAAAGAAUACGAUUUUAUGUGAACUACUUUAAAUUCAUAUUAGAUUGAUCCAAAUCCUAUACUCUUUUACAUUCAAACCAAAUUUCGAUGAUGAUGCUAAUAAUAUCCGAGUGUAAUUUUGAUUUUCAAUUGUAUGUUUUUAUCAAAUUCUAAUUCCCUUUUCACGAA